UUCCCCAUUUUCCCCGUUUUGCCCCCGUUUCCCCCCAGCCACCGGGGAGUGGCUGCGAUUCUUCGAGGACGCCGGGAUCCCGCCGGGCCCCGCGCUCGGCUACGCCGUCGCCUUCGUGGACAACAGGAUCCACAAGAACAUGCUGCUGGACCUGACCAGGGAGCUGAUGAAGGAGCUGGGCAUCACCGUGGUGGGCGACGUCAUCGCCAUCCUGCGCCACGCCAAGGUGGUCCACAGGCAGGAGAUGUGCCGGGCGGCCUCGGAGGCGCUGCAGCCCGAGGCUGCCACGGGAUCCCAGCGGGAUCAGCGGGAUCAUGACCGGGAUCAGCGGGAUCACGAUCGGGAUCACCACCGGGAUCACCACCGGGAUCCUGGCGGCGCCGCCGGCAGGAUGAUCACCAACAGCCUGAGCCGGGACCCCGCCCCCCGCGCCCCCCGGAAGCCGCCCGGCGCCGGCAUCUCCGUCACCGUCCCCAACGGGGCCGCCAAGGCCGGCGGAUCGGCUCCCGCGGCGCCGGCGCUGCCGCCCAAGCGGCGCCGGGUGACGGCCGAGGCCGAGGGCCAGUACGUGAUCUCGCUGCCCAAGGGCGCCGCGGCCCGCGGCCGCCAGAUCCUGCGCCUGCCGCCCGCUCCAGGUACGCCCCGGGGGAUCCCCGGUGGAUCCCGGGGGAUCCCUGGUGGAUCCCGGGUUUUGCACUCCCCUCCUGGAUCCUUAUUUUGUCCUGAUGGAUCCCGGGGUUCCCUGCUGGAUCCUGAGGUUCCCUGA